GCAUGAUAAGAGACUAUCUCAAACACACCAUAUUUCCGUUUCUUCGUUGCGACAAUUACUUAAAGCAACAUGGCAGUAAGGAUCUCUCUAGCUUUCCUCCUAUUGGGGAUAUACAUAGCACUGGCCGCAGGGGACAAAACCCUUACCAGAAGGAAACUUCUUACCCCAGGAAGUGAUAUAUCAAGAAGUGAAUUGGAAGAGUUUGAUCAACUCUACCACGAUGAGAUUCAUCCUGAGGCUGCGAGAAUAGUGAAACGUCAACAAAAAGGUAAGUUCUGGUGCUGUAUGAACACGCGCCCUAUCAACAUCGUGACGAGGAGUCGCAGAAUUACUCAACAGCAGAAUGUAGCAGAGAAAGUGAAAGAUGUCGCAAAGUGUGGCCAGUUUGGAUGGAAAAGAUGCAGUGUGUAUACUUACAAGUACAGUAUCAGGACUGUUUACGCUACCCACUACUGGCAAGAAGCAGUGAACGGAUCAUGCGUCACGAGCCAAGUGACCUGCUGUAAUCUCUACAUCAAGGUCAAAUACCCGGAUGGCGAGCGAUGUGUCGAACUGGACAGACUUGGUGAAGUUGUGAAACAACUGGGACUUGGAAAGUAGUUCUUGCUGGCCACGAAUUGUGAAAAAGUUUUGCGCAUCAUUUAAAGAUGUCGCUUAACAUCAACUGUACUACGGCAUUUUAUUGAAAUAAAACAAUGAGCGAAAUAAGCUUGCAGCUA